AUGUAUUUAGCAUUUUUUUUAGAAAUCAUUAUAUGUGCAGAAAAUACUGAAGAUAUAUUAAACUCAGCAUAUUUUAAGAACUUUGAAAAAUUCGUCAAUGGUAAUCAUUGUUUUUUAAGAAGGCAGUCUAUUUUAAAAUAUUUGCGUUUUGUUCCAUUUGCAGAAGAGAAAACAGAAUUAUUAUUUGAUAUAUGUAGAAAAACAUACAAAAUUCUUAAAUUUAAAAAGUACAAUUUAAUCAAAUCGAUAUUAAUACGUACGCAUGUUUUGCUAUAUCUUUGCAAUAAUUUAAAUUUAAAAUCAUUAUUGAUUGCUACAUUUAUGUCAAGACUAAAUAAUUUAUGCUUAUUAAAUUAUGAUGGACAUAGGACGACGUUGAAAUCUCAUUGUACACUAAAAUUCCAAAUUGUUACGUAUAUCAACGAAGGUAGUAUAGAUAUGAAUUAUAUGAGAAAAGUUGAACAAUUAACUGAAGCUAAUAUUGAAGAGUUGUUAGAAUCUGUAAAAUCUUUGCCGUUUAUUUUAAAUAUUAAUCUUAUUUACGAAUUAGCUCGUAUUACUAACUUAGCUGAAAAAGCUCUUGAAACAUAUUCUACACCUCAACAAGCUGCUAUUUAUGGAAAUUUUUUAAAUCCAAAAUUUAUUGAAAAUGUGUUUGAAGUUAAACAUACAGCUACGCAUUUUUUUUUAUUAUUUGAUAAAAAGGAUAAAAAAUUAGAUAGGAUAAACUUUAAUUGUUUUGGGGAAGCGUUAGAUAUUAAUUUUCUUAACGAUUGUAUUAAAUAUGACUCUUUUAGAGAUGGUCCUGAUUAUAGUCCUUUUAUAAAUUUAUCUAAAGAUUUUGACAUUUUUUGUAACGAAACAAUAACCUUAAGCUUUGAUUUUGCAGAUAUAUUCUUAGGACUAAUACAAUGCUAUUCAAAACAUUUAAAACGCAAUAUAUUAUUGAGUGUUGAAAAACAUGCUAACGAUCAAGUAAGUUUACAGUUUAUUAUUUGUAAUGAAAUGGAAUAUGCUAAAAAAAUGAAAGAAUAUUAUGCAAGGGCUUAUAAAAGUGCACCAGACAUUAGUUCUGAAAUAGAAAAUCUUAUAAAAAUCGAUAAAGUACAUGAAUUUACGACAUUAACAGAUCUACAUACAUAUUCGUUUAGACCUAAUGGAACUGAAGGGAUUGAUGGUUGGUUUUAUUGGUUAGAUUGUGGACAUUUUUUAGGAUUUGAAUUAAUUGAUGAUUUUUUAACCAAAUUGGACCAUAAUUGUCACUUAUGUAGGAGGUUAGUGGGUAUUAAAAUAUGUUUUCAACACAAAGCAUAUAAAGUUAAAUAA